UUCACUGUUUUCACAUUUCGGAGAGACAGCUUCUUUAUGGCCUCUAUUGUAUCGGUAAUCUGGACUUGUUAAAUAUAGUGUGUGUGUGUGAUAGAGAAAAAGAAGGCCAGUAUAGCCUAAAGAGUAUGCGUAAUUGUGUAGCCUAUGUGGUCAGUGGUACAAACCACAAAGUCUCGUGUUAUGUAACUACAGGCCCAAAUAUAACUUUACGUACACUUAGACAUGCAUGGAUGUGUAUGGGGUUGAUAUUUGGGUAUAUUCAAUCGAUGUCAUUACCAUUUCUUUGGAAAUAAACUCAUUUUCAGAAACAGCCUAAUUACUUGACGGGAGAAGUCAGCUGUGCGCACUCGUGCGACAAGUUUUGAUUACGCCAAGUCCUGAAGUGACAACUUUAUAGCCAAACAAAUCAAAGUCAUCAAUUAAAACAUUGAAAGUAAUCAAACAACUCUACGCAAGAAUGACGACGAUGUGCAAGAACAUCGUAAUAUUUGCGUUGAUAUCCGUGCACAUCCAGUUCUCACGUUCUUUGGGUGACUGCACCAUAUACAAUUUCUCCAUAUGCUGGUUGCUGAAGGACACAAACGCUACACCUACUGCCAGACCAAAUAUCAGUGCGUGGCUGAAUGAAGCUGAACUGAUGUCCAUUGGGAAGUUCGGAAAAUUUAACUCUCUCACCGUCCAAACAUCCGAGCGGCACUCUCUCAAACUUCAGUAUGGAGACCUUGCGCGAACUUGGACAUUUUCUGUCAGUGACAGCUUACAUACCAUAGAGCUCCAAAGUAUAGAUUCUGCAAUAGAGGAAACACCCAAUGAAUUUUCAGUGGAUGCAUUCAGUGUCUUUUCACCCGAGCAAUUUUUUGCAUGUGAGAAAGACCCUCUAUAUCUCCAUCAAAGUGAAGACUUCAUUCUGAUGUUGGGCCACACCACUCGCUUUCCUCUGAAACUGGAGUCCCACAGCUCCUACAUGUUGCUCGUGUCCUGGAGAGACACACACGACCCCACGCCCCCUCUUCCUCAGACCCACCAUCACUCCUCUGUCUCCAUCUACCACCGGGAGCUGGGGGCCUACACUACACUCAGUGUGGACACCACAGACGCUCAGUACUACCGCUUCAGCAGUCUCCAGGGAUGCAUGCCCUAUGUGGCUUGCCACGAGCUGCCGGCGAGACCCUCGGUCACCUGUCUGUCCACCAUCACAGAUCCAGAUGUGCCCAGAAACUUCCAGGUGACCUCGUGGAACACCAGUCAGGUGACCGUGUCCUGGCACUGCCCCAGGAACAAUAAGUUCUCUCUCUUCCUGCUCACAAUGCUACACCUCAAUGGCACAGACCACGUGGUCGAGGAGACAGUCUACCGGCACACGCGGCAGCCGCUCAUCUUCACCGCGUCCGACCUGCCACCGUGCAGCCGCGUUCAAUUCGGCCUCCAGACGGUAUGUGUGUCCGGCAUAGAGUCCCGCACCAGCAAGACCGUGAUGAUUGACGGGAACUCUGCCCAUUCUUCAAUCCAAAGCAUCCGUCAGUCUUCUGCGGGCCCAGACACCUACACUUUGAGCUGGUCGGUCAUGGAUGCCUCACUGAUCGCAGUGUUCAAAGUGUACCACCAGGGGGCACUGCAGGCCUCCACGUUCCUUACCACCCACUCGGUGGUGGGUCUGGUCCCAUGUCAGCACUACGCGGCCAGGGUGGAGGCUGUGUGUGGCGAGAGCAUCGUCAUGAAUGUGAAAACCCUUCAGACACACACAGGUCCCAGGGUUGUGUCUGACUUGCGCUAUCAAGCGGAAGACUCCAUCGCUCUGUGGAGCAGCCCCUCCAGCCCCGGCGGGGCCUUCAGUUACAGUCUCACCCUCGAGGAUGGCUCGCCGGUCAGGAGCGGACGCCUUCGAGAGCCCCUGCUCUCUCUGGGGCAUCUGCCCCCGGGCCUGCCCUACGUGCUGGAGGUGUGGGAGGAGUGCCACGGGUGGGAGUCCCCCAGCAGGGUGGUGCUGUGCUUCGACGCACGGAAAGCGCCAGAGGUGGAUGUCCGUCAGACUGACAAGGCCCUACUAAUGGGGAAUGGAGACAUGACAGCUGAUGACUUUAUGAGGUCUUCUCUGGCCAUGAUUGUACCUUGGAGGCUGCCUCCCGAGUUAGAGGACCCAAAGUCACCACCACGACUUCAGCUGAAGCGCAUCGUCAUAAACAAAAUCUCAGAGCUUGUCAAAGACUUCCCCCACCCUGAAAGUGUUGAUGCUUUGACAUUUGAAGACUAUGGAAAUGGAACACAGACGAAAAUCGGUUUUGUGAUGAGGAAGGCCUCUGUUAAAGAGGCAAGGGUUCCAUCCUCUUCAGCUGAAAUGCUAACAUUUAUCCGGUCUCAUUCACAAACUGGAAUUACAGUCAAUGAUGACAUUAUCUACUGGGAUGACCCGGAUGAGUGUUCCAUGCUUGAGCUAAACCAGUGCACUCCUCACUCUGUGUGCAUCAAUACCUUGGAUUCCUACACCUGUGUCUGUCAAAGCGGCUACUAUGAUAUCAGUCCCUUCCUAAGUCCAACCACAGCAUGCCGUGAGAAGGGCUUGUUCACACAGUGCUCACAAGAUUUCAUCACGGGCAGUGUUGCCAAGGCACAUCUGGUGGACUACUUAGGGGGCAACGUAACCGUGGUCCUGAAUGACGGGCAAUGCCCCGUUUCAGAGAGUGGGACCCUAUACUACUUCAGGGCAUCGCACCACCCCAGUCACUGUGGCACCAGAAUAGUGGUGAACAGGACCCACACUGAGUUCAUGAAUGUGCUGACGGUGACACUGAGCAGAGAGAUGGUCAUUACUCGGCGAGACCUGAAGGUGGUCUGGAAGUGUAUCUACCCCACGAGCUACCUCCACAACACCGAGAUGAAUGUCCACCUGGAGUGGGUGCCCUCUUACACACUGGUAGAAUCCAACUCCUCUCAUAUCCUGGAGGUUGUCAUGGCCUUGUACAAGGAUGACUCGUUUACGGACAACUACACAAAUGCCGUCACCCUCUAUCCGGACGACUUCCUGUAUUUGGAGGUGAUCCUGAACGCACACAACACCUUUGCAUCUGAUCUACUUCUGGAAGUGGUGACGUGCUGGGCAACAGAGAGCAGCAACCCUCUGGACAAAACCCAGGGUAUACUACUCAGAGAUGGGUGCCCAGUUGACAGAACAUUUAUGUGGCUAUCAGAAAAUGGCAUGGCACAGAUGACUCGGUUCUCUGUCCAGAUGUUUUCUAUGCCGGCUGGACUGCCAUUCUACAUCCACUGCCUCACCAGAGUCUGUGCCCCAGAUGAAAACUGUACCACGACUUGCCCUGCCAAGAUGUCAUCCAAAGUCCGCAGGGAUCUACGCCAGACUCCAUCGACUGUCGUAUCUGCUGGGCCGUUGUUGGUUGGUAACAUCUCGUCAACUCGCAGCACACACUCAAAAUGGAAGGAGGUUGCGAUGCUUGUGACAAUACUUGGAGGAAGUAUAGGCUUUCUGGUGUUGACCCUCUUAGUUGUAACUGCAGUGAAAACACUUCUAAACCACUCUGGCAGAGUGCAAUAA